AUGAACGUAAAUACCCCCAAAAGCUUGUUUCAUUCAAGUAUAAGUGAUCUUCCACUUAUUACCAAUUAUAUAAUAAAGGCUAAUGCUGAUUAUUCUUAUCUCAUUGAAAAUACUUUCUUUGAUAUGGUAAAGUUUGCAUUCAGGAGUAUUAGAAGCUUACACUUUCAUGAUACUUUCAUUCUUGCUUUGUUCAGUCGCGAAGUAACCCAACAUCGGUUUUCAGUCAGCAAUAUACGAAUUACUGGUUGUAGCGUGACAAGAAAGAUGCUGAUGAACGAAUGUUCAAGAGACAAAGAAUGGCAGUCGAAUGUAGAAAAUGGUUCAACAGUGGCUGACAUCGAAGUAGGUACUCAAAGGAACGAUGAAGUAGAUGACGAUUUGAAAGAAUUAGAAAGUGUUAUUUUUAAAGAAUUUGAAGAAAAGAUUAUUUAUUUAGACCAAGAAGAAUAUAAGCAAUCAGAAAAUGACAAUGCAGUAGCCCUUUUCUUGUCUAAUAUUACAAAUAUUCCGUCGAAACAACUUUUAGAUGAUUGUCAACUUCUCCUUGAAAUAAUUCGUAACUGUGCAGCAAGUUCAAGAAUAAUUAGAUCAACUAUCAGAUCACAUGCACUCACUAUGGAAGGACUUCUCGACCUUAUGCUUAACGAUGAUUUGAAUUUUACAGAGUUAAUCUGUACACAUUUUGAUAUGAUUGAUAUGCAAUGGGUUGAAAGACAGGCAAGAUCAACAGAGAAUGUAAAGUGGGACAGUAUUGCUUUUCGAGUAAAAAAUAAGAAAACUACACCGCUUUUUGUUGAGUUAUCAGGAGUGAAGAAAGCUAAAGGUAUUGAAAUACCAAAUCAGUUUUAUAUAAGAUAUCAUGAUUUGAAUAUCUAUUUUGAUUCCCUGACUUACUACGAAGACUAUUAUAUUAAACGCACUUACAUUGUAUUAACUUGUCCUUUGACGCCCACGAAGCUUAAGCAUUUUGCUGAGGAAAUUCCCCGGAUAUUUCAAUACAGUCGAGGUAUCUUUGAUCAAUUUACUGUCAUGGUUGUAAGAUUUGUGACUUAA